AUGACUGGAAAGGAACGGAGUGUGAACGCGGGAUUGUUCCCGGCUUUGAACGGCCGGGACGAUGGGGAUAUGACUGUCCAUGCCCAUCAAAUCAAACUAUCCCCGGCAGUGCUGAACAGAAUGGUCACCUCUUGCGAAUCUCAAGGAGGGUCGCUGGCGCAAUUGGUUCAGGCCGCUUGGGCGAUCGUCGUGCAGCAAUAUGCCGAGGCCGAACGCGUCCUGAUGGGCGCUGGGGAGAUGGGGAAGACGCGUGUAUCCGGAGAAGACUUUGAUGUACUGGAAUGGUCACUGACUCCCGAAACUCGGGUCAAAUGUCUGCUGAACUCGGAGAGCAACAAGACCUCUUAUAACCGGACACGGGAGACAGCAUUUAAUACAGCCGUGCUGAUAGCGAGCGAUCAGGUGACAGAUGGAGGGGUCCAGUGGAUGGACGUCGUGGUGAACGGAAAACAGGGUCAAGGUGACUACGAUGUUCUCGUCCUACUGGAGGUAGACUGCUCGGCGCUGUUCAGGCGAUUACGACUGGUUUACACUCGACGAAUGCUGUCUGACAGCCAGUCAAGCAAUGUCGCAACUACGUUGUGCCAGGUGAUGCACGAAAUGCUAGAGAGUCCGGAUCGACGGAUCGACGAGCUGCAACUUUUCAGCCCUCAGAAUAUGGACGACGUGCAGAAGUGGAACGACAGGCCGUGCAACGAGAGAGGGGAUGACCGAACAAUUAUGAAUGUGAUCAGACAGCAUGCCAUGCAACGACCCGAGGCCAGGGCAAUUGACGCUUGGGACGGGCAGGUCUCAUACGGAGAGUUGAAUGGGCUGACCGCACGACUUGGGCAGCGUCUGCGCGACGCCGGCGUGGGACCGGGCGUGAUGGUCCCCAUCUGUUUCCCACGCUCCCUAUGGGCCAUCGUGGCCGAAGGGGCUGUAUUGCAGGCCGGGGGCGCCUUCGUCCCCAUCGAUCCGACCCAUCCCAUCGGGCGAAUGCGCCACAUUGUGAGUCAAACGAAGGCUCAUGUGGCUUUGACCGCACCGCUGUUUGCAGAUCAGAUGGCAAGGCUGGUAGACCAAGUAAUCGUGGUCUCUUCGAGUCUGAGAGAGAAUCAAGCCGACGAGGACAUGCCCUGGCCAGAUACCGACCUCGAUAGUCCGGCGUACGUCCUGUUUACCUCGGGGAGCACGGGACAGCCUAAGGGAUGCGUCGUAUCCCACCGUGCGCUAGCCAAUGUGCCUGCGCAGGCGAGUGCCUUGCACCUACGGUCCGGUAGCCGGGCAUUGCAGUUUGCAUCGUACAGCUUUGGUGUGUCGCUCAUUGAGAUUUACUGCGUGCUGACGGCGGGUGCUACCAUCUGCAUCCCAUCAGACGCGGACCGCCUGAAUCGACUGACGGAGACCAUGCGAGCGAUGUGUAUCAGCUGGGCAUACCUAACCACGGCCACGGCCGGGUCGUUACGCGUCGGGGAAGAGCUGGUGGAACUGCAGACACUCAUCCUGACGGGAGAACCAUUAGACCCGAAGCAGGUCCGGAAUUGGGCGCCGCGGGUGCAACUCUGCCAAGGGUUCGGAUGCACCGAAUGGGCCGGUGUCUGCUGCGUUUCACGGCCAAUCCAGACACCGUGGGACAGGAGAAUAAUCGGGACUUCGCCCACGGCCAACCUCUGGCUGGUCGACCCCGCCAAUCCCAACCGCCUGGCCCCCGUGGGUGCCGUGGCUGAGCUGGUGAUCGAAGGUCCAGCUUUGGCGCAAGGAUAUCUCCACAAUCCCGCACAAACGACCGCAGCAUUCCCGCAACAGCCGGACUGGUGGGAGACCCUACGCCCAGGUGUGCCGUGUCGAGUGUACCGAACGGGGGAUCUGGUACAGUACGAAUCGGACGGCAGCCUUCGCUAUGUCACGCGUCGGGACACGCAGGUUAAAGUGCGAGGAAUGCGCGUGGAGUUGGGUGAAAUUGAAUAUCAGAUUCGGCGGACGGCAGAACUGGACCGCGUGGUUGUAGAGGCUGCGAUCCCCGCCGAUGGGCAUGAGGGACCGGCGCUGGUAGCAUUCCUGCACUCCCGCACCGAGUCAGGUUCAAAUCAAAGCGACACAAAGACGCAGGAUGGGCCGCUCCUAUCGACUGACGACCGCAAGGGAUUUGUGCUGCUGGCGGGUAGGAUCCGGCAGUCACUGUGCCAGCUAUUGCCGGACUACAUGUGGCCGAGCAUCUACUGCCCACUUGCCAGACUGCCGCUGACUGUCACCGGCAAGGUCGACCGAAGGGCCCUGCGAGACCUGGUUCGUAACAAAAGCCGUGCGGAGCUGACAGAGUACGAGGCGCCACGGAGGGAGAUUGUGCCUCCACGAACCAUGAUGGAAGAAACACUCCACCGGCUAUUCGCAGCUACCCUACAGAUGGAUGGUGCCUCAUUUGGUGUGCUCGACAGCUUUCUGCGACUAGGAGGAGACUCGCUGCUGGCCAUGAAGAUGGUCAAUCGGGCGCACGAGCAACAUCUGCAUCAUUUGACGGUUUCUGAUGUCCUUGCGCACCAGACCAUCGACAAAAUCGUUGAGUUCAUGAGUCGGGCUGUUCAUGACCAUUCGGUUUUGAAGGCCAACACUACUGGGGUGGCCUCUCGAGCAUUGUCGAGCCUGGCUGUCGAGAACAGCGAUUUGAUGGCUCUGGUCCCAGACAUUGCAGCCGUCAAGGACGCCUUCCCCUGCUCUGCGAUUCAAGAAGGAAUCCUAGUCAGUCAAAUCCGACGCCCGGAGCUGUAUCAGAUGCAUUUCGUAUGGGAGAUCGCCACCAUUGACUCCGCCCCGUUGGAUGUGAACCGUCUGGAAGACGCCUGGCGACGGGUAUGCGCCCACCAUGCGAUGUUGCGCACUCGGUUCUACACAAACGCAACUGCCCAGCAUUUCGCCGUGCAGGUGGUGUUCGAGGAACCCUGGACUCGAAUCUUUCAGGCGCAGGACCCGGUUCAAGGCCCAAGGCACCUGAUGGAGCAAGCGGAAGCUUUUGAUGGACCAGGGCUAACUAUGAAUAUCCGAUCCUCGAGCCAUGUUUGGGCGAUGCUGCAAAUUUCACAUGCGAUGGUAGAUGCCGCGUCGACUGCAAUACUCAUGCGCGAUUUAGCCAGAUUUUAUGACAACUCGAACCCUGAAGUCGGGGUUCCGUGUGAAUACCGAGACUACGUGUCGUACGUCAUGCAGAUCAAUCACGACGAGAGCUUGCAAUUCUGGAAGUCGCAUCUGGUAGGCCUUGAGCCUUGCCUUUUCCCGAAGUUGCAGGAAACAGACCGAUUGAAUCGCUUGGAGGAGGUCCCCGUGGAACUGGAGGAUAUCGCGGGUUGUCGCAGCUUUUGCCAGCAGCAUGCAGUGACUCUGGCCACGCUGGCGAAGCUCGCCUGGGGUCUGGUCCUACGGGCAUUCACCGGAUCGGAGGACGUGUGUUUCGGGUACAUGACGGCCGGGCGUGAUGUGCCGCUGUCAGGGGUUGAUAAAGCCGUUGGACCCUUCAUCAAUAUGUUGGUGUGCCGCAUUGACUUUACACGCAGCGCGUCGCUACAACAAGCACUACAAGACGUGCAGGCCGACUUGAUUGAGAGCUGGAGGCAUCAGCAAGUGCCCCUGACGCAAGUUCAGCACGAGCUGGGCCUUAACAGCCAGCAAUUAUUCAAUACCAGCAUGACCUUCCCUCCGGUCCAGUCCACCGACGGUUCACAGCCCACGUCUAUCACGGUGACCGAGAUUGACCGCAGAGACCCUACAGAGUACGAUAUCAUGGUCGAAAUGGGAUGGGACGGAAAAGACAAGCACGGCACAAUCAAAUAUUGGUCAUCACUGCUGUCCUCUGAGCAGGCGAUUGCAUUAGCAGAGGCUUUCGGCUUAGCCAUCGCGCAGAUUGUGAGCCAGCCUCUGUCUCCGCUACCCCACGUUGACCUCUUCAGUCCUUCAGACAUCCGGCGGGUGAGAGAUUGGAACCGAUUAGAGCCCGAGGAUUGCGAGAGUUGCGUGCACGAGCGCAUUAUGGCUGUCAGUUCGAGGAACCCGAAGGCUGUUGCAGUCGACUCCUGGGAUGGCCAAUGGACAUACAGCGAGCUAGAUGCAGCUGCAUCCGGGUUAGCUAGGGAACUUCAGUGCCGCGGAAUCGGGCCUGAAGUCUUUGUCGCUAUUUGCAUGGUCAAGUGUCGGUGGACCCCGGUUGCAAUUCUGGCGACAAUCCAAGCCGGAGGCGCCUUUGCUCUGCUCGACCCCGGGCAUCCAGUGGAUCGACUGCGCGGUAUGUGCGACCAGUUACAAGCGGCUCUGGUACUCACAACGCCCGAUCAGACGGUUGUCGGCGAGCAGUUGGGCCCAGACGUCCUCAUAAUUGGCGAAGAUACCCUCGAUAUUCAUGGUAAUCAGAGCAAGCCUCAAACCGCCGUUACCAGCCGGAAUGCCUUGUAUGCUGUUUUCACCUCCGGGUCCACAGGGCGCCCCAAAGGGGUGGUUGUUGAACACCAUUCUUUCUGUGCUUCAAUGACAGCCACCAUCAAGGCCACCAAGUUGACGAGCUCAGACCGCAUGUUCCAGUUCGCCUCCUAUGCCUUCGAUAACAGCGUGUUUGACCAUUUGGUGUCCUUGUUGGCGGGUGCCUGCCUGUGCAUCCCCAGGGCCGAAGACUGUCACAAUAUGCUGGCAGCCACCAUGGCCGCUUGUAACACGACGUGGAUCAUUAUCACCCCGUCCGUGGCUCGCCUCAUCUCCCCAGAGGAGGUCCCGAGUCUCCAGACGCUAUGUCUCACUGGAGAGUCCGUCGGUGCAUCUGACCUUGAGACCUGGUCAACCAAAGUGCACCUAUUCAAUCUGUACGGCCCGGCCGAGUGCUCCAUUAUCUCCACAGUCCAGCACUACCCGGAGGGACCAGCCGAUCCGUGCAUAAUCGGUAAUGCGCUCGAUUCCGUGGCUACUUGGGUUGUCGAGCCGCAAAACCCGCAUCGUCUCGCCCCUGUCGGUGCUAUUGGUGAGCUAGUAGUGGAGGGGCCCGGCGUUGGUCGGGGAUAUCUUCACCAUCGUGCCGGGGAACCAACAAUGUUGCCAUUCUUGUCGGAUCCGCAAUGGCUGUCCGGCUUUCGGGCUGGGACUGGCCGCCGACUCUAUCAGACGGGUGAUUUAGUACAGUAUACAGCCGCCGGCCAGCUGCGUUAUCUGGGACGCAAGGACACGCAGGUUAAGAUCUCCGGCCAAAGGGUUGAGCUAGGAGAGAUUGAAUCGGCCAUUCGCUCCUUUGGGGCUGGGGCAUACGAGGCCGUUGUAGACGUUAUCCCUCGACUGCACGGCAAAGGCAUGUUGCUAGCAUGUUUGGGUUACCUCGAUGUCCCUUCAGGCCUGGACCCGGAAGAUAGUGGUCUGAUUGGUAUCGCAGAUGACACUUUCGGGCAACACGUGAGGCAAUUGGGCAAGCACCUACACUCCGUACUGCCUCCAUUUAUGGUACCUGCAAUCUUCUUGCCUCUGCGAUACAUUCCGCGGUCUCCGACAGGCAAGAUAGAUCGGAAGGCCCUACGCCAGGCGCUGGCAGUGUUGACUCCUGACCAGUGGGAAACCCCACAUGCCAAUCGUCCAUCCGUCAGGACUUCUCCCGAGAAGGACCUGCAGACCCUGUUCUCGCAGCUCCUCCAGAUCCCACACCGUCAGAUCUGGGCUGACAGCCACUUCUUCCGUCUAGGGGGAGAUUCUCUCCUCGCAAUGGCGCUGGUGAAAUCGUCCCGUAGUGUCGGGUGGUAUUUAACGAUGGAGGAGAUCUUCCAAUAUCCGAUUCUGUCUGAUCUCGCGCCGGCCUUACGCCCAGUCAGAGAGUCACUCAAUUUUGAGAUUGUGCCGCCCUUCUCGCUUCUACCAAAUGACGCGGCGAGAGACCUUCAAGCAGAAGCGUGCCAAGAGUGCCAGCUGGAUCCAGUGCAGAUCGAAGACAUGUACCCAUGUACGCCAAUCCAAGAGGGCCUGAUGGCAUUGUCGGCCCGGGAGACGGGCAAAUAUACGGCGCAAUGGGUCUACACGAUUCCCAAAACGACUGAAACGAGACGGCUCAAACAUGCCUGGCAGACCACAGUAGACAUUAACCCCAUUCUUCGCACCAGGAUGGUUGCCACACAAAAGCAUGGUGUGAUGCAGGUAGUUGUCCAGGCGGGAGACUGUCGUCUAGAAUGGAAAGAAGCUACAAACGUGGCCCACUAUCUCCAGGAGGACAGCGCGCGUGCAAUGAAGCUCGGGCAACCGCUGCUCCGAUUUGGCUGGGUAGAUUCGGAGGAAGAGACCGGAACCUCGCACCUGAUAUUGACGAUGCACCAUUCCAUAUACGAUGCCGUUUCAAUGGAGCUCUUCCUAGACCAGGUAGACGCAGCUUACCAUGACAGCAUCCCGACAUGUCACACUUUCAACCACUUCAUAAAGCAUCUCAUAACUGCAGAUGGGAACAAGCAAAAGGUGUUCUGGACGGCCGAAUUUGAAAACCUUCAGGCCUCUGCUUUUCCCACGCUACCCUUGGGCGUCACGACACCCAGACCAAGUGCAACCCUGUCUCGAAACAUCACCAUCCCCGCUGAGCACCGGGAGCUUGGUGUGACGAAUACAACGAUCCUUCGAGCCGCCUGGGCGAUCGUCGUUUCCAUAUACACCGAUUCUUCCGACGUCGUGUUUGGCGUCACUGUUAGUGGCCGCAGCGCCGCCAUCGGCGACAUUGAUGAGAUCACCGGUCCGACGCUCGCCACGUUCCCCCUGCGUACUCACGUAGACCCCAGCAAGUCCAUUGGGAGCACGCUCUACGAGAUCCAGGAACACAGCGCGCGGAUUAUUCCCAUGGAGCAGACGGGGCUUCAGUACAUACAACGAAUGAGUUCCGAGGCGCAGGCUGCUUGUGCAUUUCAGAGUCACCUCCUCGUGCAACACCACCGGCAAAGCAAGCGGGAGAAAGAAUUACUUCACCUUCAACAGGGGUUCCUGGACUACGCUAGCGUCUCGAGCUAUGCCUUGGAGUUGGUAUGCGAUUUGAACGAGAGAGAGGGGGCUGCCAGCACCUCUGUGGCAUUUGAUCCACGAGUUCUGUCUACAGGGGACGUAACCAGGCUACUGUCCCAGUUUGAUCACGUCGUGCAGCAGAUUUGCCUCAAUACCGGGCGCGAGAUUAGACAUAUUGGGCUGAUUGGUGCUGAAGACUUGUGCACACUUCACCGUUGGAAUGGCGAGAUACCCGCGGCGCAUGCAACCACCAUCCCUGAGCUGUUCCUACGCCAAGUUGACAGGUGGCCAGAGAAGCUUGCGGUGUCUUCUUGGGAUGGAGAUCUCACCUACAGACAGCUAGAGGCAUCAAGCGCCCGCCUAGUACAUCGGCUCAGGCACCUCGGAGUCACUCAGGGAGCUGUUGUACCGCUAUGCUUCCGUAAAAGUAUCUGGCCAGUCGUCGCUAUGUUGGCCGUUCUCCGAGCUGGAGGUGCGUGUGCCAAUAUUGACCCGAAGCUUCCACUAGGGCGAGUCACCCAGAUGCUAAGAAGAUUGAAACCGAAUUUGAUUCUCUGCGACGCCGAACAGCGAAAACUCAUAGAUGCAAUGCCUGAUGCGGUGCAAAUUCACUCGGUCCCGGAGAUGAUGAAUGGCGGGCUGGCCGUUGGAACCUCACCGCCACUGACUUCACCUGCAACGUCGGACGCGGCCUUCAUUGUAUUCACCUCUGGGAGCACAGGAACCCCGAAGGGUAUCGUUCUCGACCAUGGGAACCUGGCAACAUGCAUCCGCCACACCCAUCGUACAUUACGGAUGACAGCCAAAAGCCGUGUGCUGCAGUUUACCGCCUAUGCCUUCGACGUAAGUUUAUACGACACCUUUGCACCUUUGGUAUUGGGCGCGACCACAUUCAUCCCCUCGGAAGAGACCCGUGUUUCCCAUCUCAGUCGCUAUAUCCAGCUGCACGGCAUCGAUCACGCGAUGUUGAUCCCGUCGGCUGUGAGUGUGCUUCAUCCCAUGCAGGUACCGACUUUGGAGACGCUCGUACUGCUCGGGGAAUCCAUUACGCGAGAUGUGGUCGAUACCUGGGCAACAGAGGUACAUCUCGUCAACGGAUAUGGCCCAGCCGAGGCUUCCGUCGUUUGCGCGGCCGGUGUGAUAACAGCGGACAACUAUGUACUGGGAGCGGUGGGGCCAAUGCAGGGCACCGUGGGGUGGAUCGUAGACCGACAUGAUUCCUCUCGUCUCAUGCCGCUUGGAGCGACAGGCGAACUAUUGUUGGAAGGCCCGAUGGUAACACGCGGAUAUCUCGACGAGCCGGACAAGACCCGAGAGGCUUACAUCGAGGCGCCAGCAUGGCUCAAGGGCUUUCGACAAGGGCAGCAGCCCGGUCGGCUAUAUUUGACGGGUGAUCUAGCCCAGUGGACGUCUGAUGGGGACUUGCGGACGGCUGGAAGAAAAGAUAAUCAGGUCAAGUUGCGCGGUCAGCGUAUCGAGCUAGAGGAGGUGGCCUGGCACGUUAGACAGCACUUUGGCCAGACCAGCGAAGUGGCCGCCGAGAUCAUUCAGCGUUCCCAGGGAACCCAAGACUCGUCCCUUUUGCUGGGGUUCGUUCAUGAGCAGAGCGUGCUUUCGACCCAGAGUGCAGACAUCGUUGCGCCGGCAAGCGAAGAGUUCUUGACCAAAUCUUGGGCAAUUUACCACAAACUUAAGGAGGAUUUACCUGCGUACAUGGUCCCAGCUGCUCUUCUGCCUGUCUUCUUCAUGCCACGUACACAGUCCGGCAAGAUAGACAGACGUCGACUACGGGAGGCCGGCGCAGCACUCACCCCCGAGCAACUCCAAGGAUACUGGCAUCAUGGACAUGACGCCAAAGACAAACAGGCUCCGGUGACUCCAUCCGAGAAGACGCUGCAGUUGCUCUGGUCUGCAGUCCUCGGGAUAGCCACCAAGGAUAUUGCUCGGCAAGAUCACUUUUUCCACCUAGGGGGAGAGUCCAUCACGGCCAUGAAGUUGGCCAGCAUGGCGCAACGACAAGGGCACGACAUCAUGGUGGCCCAAAUCUUCGAUCACCCAUAUCUGUCGGACAUGGCUGCCCUUCUGGGCAGUAAUCCAGCCAUAAUUCCGGCUCCGGCCCCGUUUGAGCUGCUUGAAGGCGCCAGAGAACGCUUGGUUACAGCUGCAUGUGUCCAAUGCCAUCUUUCCUGGGAGGAUAUUGACGACAUCUACCCCUGCACGCCAUUGCAAGAAGGCAUGAUGGCUGUGACCUCCAGGGACCCGGCCCAAUACGUGGCCACGAGUCGUUAUACUAUUCCUGCUACUCUGGACUGGGACCGCUUCGUCCGCGCAUGGGAGAGGACCUCCCAGGCACAUCCGAUAUUGCGCACUCGAAUAAUCCAAGACAAGGAAAGUGGAAGUAGCUAUCAAGUUGUGACUCGGACGCCUGUAUGCUGGGACCGGCAUGUCGUUGACAACGAAUAUGCCGCCUCCAAUUUUAGUGUCAAGCCAGGGCUAGGUAUCGCACUCUGUCGAUGCUCUUUGCUCCUGUCCAAAGACUCCCGACCUCAAUGUUGCGUCAUCUCAAUGCACCACGCGCUGUACGAUGAGUGGUCGAAUCAUGUGCUGUUCGAUGAGAUUGAAAGGGCAUAUCAUGAGCAAGUCUUGUCACACCAGCCGUUUAGUGCGGUCGUAGCGUAUCAGUUGGACGUCAAGUCAGCUGCACGGGACUUCUGGGCGCACGAACUGGCGGAUUACGAUGCGCCUCAUUUUCCGGCCUUACCCUCGCCUACUUAUAUGCCAGCUGCCAAUUCCACCAGCAGCAUAUCAAUUGGGCUAGCCCAAGAAACGCAACAAAUCACAUUGGCAACGCAGAUCCAGCUCUCCUGGGGCGUGUUGGUUUCCCUGUACACGAGAAAAGACGACGUCGUAUUUGGCGUGACGACGUCCGGCCGGGGUACGCCUGUACGUGGGAUUGACCGCGUUCUUGGGCCAACGAUUGCCACCAGCCCACGUCGUAUGCGUCUGGAUGCGUCUUGCAAUGUAAUGGACGUAUUACGGCAGAUCCAAUCUCGAUAUCUGACACUCAUGCCGUAUGAGCACUGGGGGUUGCAGAACAUCAGCCGUCUUGGUAGCUCUCACAUGGCCGCCUGUGAGUUCCAAUCACUCUUGGUAAUUAAUGCGGUCCGGGGAGAGGCAAAAGAGCGCUUGCUGCAACAUCCACAGUUGCUAUCUACUAUCGGCCAAUUCACGAAUUACGCCCUUCAGGUGACCUGCACCGUGCUCCCCGACAGAGUCGAGGUGCACGCCAGUUUCGACGAUCGGGUCAUUCCUGCCCGCCAGAUGGAACGGGUCCUACGGCAAUUCGAGCAUCUCCUGUUCCAGGUGCACGGCGCAUCGUCGGCAACCACUAUAGCCGAGUUGGACUCGAUUAGCCAGAUGGACCAGGGGGAAUUGAAUCGUUCCAAUAGGCUGCAAAUAUACCCAGGCCAGCAUUCCUGCAUGCACGAUUGCAUCCGUCAUUGGUGCCGUGUCCAGCCGCAUGCGUUGGCCGUGUGCGCAUGGGACGCAUAUCUUCAGUCCCGCGGUGUAACGGCGGAGCGCUUUGUGCCGCUGUUCUUUGAUAAGUCCCGGUUGACGGUUUUGUGCCAGCUUGCUGUCCUGAAGGCCGGCGGUGCCUUUGUGCUCUUAGACCCAGCCAACCCAAUCCGCCAGGCCCAGCAGCUAUGUGAGCAGCUACAGGCCAGCCUGAUUUUGACUUCUGACAACAGGUCAAGUACCGCCGCGCAACUGGGACUUGAAGUGGUUGUUGUUGACCCCAAUCUCACCUGGUGUAUUGAAGGGGUUGACGGAGUCACCAUGGGCAAGAACGAUGUGUGGCCUAGCAGCCCAGCCUACGCAGGAUACACGUCCGGUUCCACGGGACAACCGAAGGUCUUCGUGCUUGAGCAUCACUCGGUUUGUCAAGCGCUCCGAGCACUCAGCGCACGUCUCCCCGUCGGCCCCGAAUCUCGUCUUUUUCAAUUCGCGGGCUAUACUUUUGACAUCAGUAUUAUGGACCAUUUCCUUGCUCUGUUCGCCGGUGCCUGCAUCUGUGUACCUUUUAAGGAUGACCGCGAAAACCGCUUGGCGGAGACUAUGGUCCAGUUCCAGGUGGAUUAUGCGUGUCUCACGACAUCCGUGUUGCGGACAUUGGCUCCUCUGGAUGUCCCUUGUGUGAGGACAAUGGUUCAAAUCGGGGAAGCCAUGACACAGGACCUUGUCGGCCGAUGGGCCCCAGCCUGCUAUUUUGUCAACGCAUACGGGCCAGCCGAGUGUGCCCUUGCAUGCAGCAUGUAUGGUCCUUUGGGGGUUGACUCGGAGGCCGCCAACAUUGGCACUUGCACCACCGGAGCCCUCUGGGUGGUGGAUCCUGAUGAUUGGAAGCGUCUUCUUCCUAUCGGAGCCGUAGGUGAAUUGGUAGUGGAAGGCCCACAGGUCGGACGGGGAUACCACGGAGACCCUGAAAGGACCUCGGCCAGCUUUGUGUCUGACCCUUCCUGGUUGAGGCGGUUUUCGGAUCGACCCUCCACAGGAGUGCGACUUUACAGGACUGGUGAUCUUGCCUUCCUGGCACCUGACGGAACUCUGCGAUGCCUGGGGCGCAAGGAUCUGCAGGUGAAACUGAGGGGUCAGAGGAUUGACCUAGCAGCCGUAGAGCACCAUACUCUUCAAGCCUUCCCUGACGUAAGUGACGUGGUGGCCGACGUAAUCAGCACCGGUGAUAGCCAGUCGUCCCAGCUCAUGGCAUUCAUCGUCCAAGGGAUUUCAGAAGCUCCGGGUAACCCCAAUCAAGGCCAAGAGCCCCAGUUUCUGCCACCCUGCCCUCAGUUUGCCCAGUCUGUUCGGGAUACAGAGGCCCAUUUACGCCUUCAGGUGCCUCCGUACAUGGUGCCGACGCUUUUCAUCCCUCUCGCGCGGGUGCCCCUCAACCUGAACGGCAAGGCCAACCGCAGGCUGUUGGCCUUCCAUGCAGCAAAAAUGACAUUGGAGCAGAGACGAGCGUACCAAGGGGCAGAGCGGUCGAUUAUUCCCCCCGUAACGCAGCUACAAGACCAUGUCCGCAACAUCUGGGCUGCCGUUCUCAAUUUGGAACCAGGCACCAUCAGCAUACAUGAUAACUUCUUCAGCAUCGGUGGGGACUCGAUCACCUGCAUGCGGGUCGCAUCGGAAUGCCAGGCAAUCGGAGUGCACGCCACGGCAGCCGACCUAUGGCAGCACAAAAGCAUCGAAGGGCUGGCCAGCCACUGUGUCUUGCAUCCACCGAAGUCCGUGGAUGAGGGCGAGUGGGCCGAUCUGUCCCCUAUUCAACAACUGUUCUUUCAGCAAAAUGUUGAGGGAGAUAAUGCGUUCAGCCAAGGCUUUACGCUGCGAGCCAAAGAGCACCUCGAGCCCUCAGCCGUUCGACAAGCUAUCCAUACAGUCGUAGGAACUCAUGGGAUGCUGCGGGCACGGUUCCAGAGGUUCUCGUCGGAUGGAUGGCGUCAAAGAGUCUCAGGCGACAUAGAACAGAGCUGCAACUUGCGCGAGUGGAGGGUUGAAGAUGCGACUGCCGUUUCGCAAGUUACAGCUGCUGCUCAAGACCGGUUAAACGUCCAUGAGGGGCCAGUAUUCGUGGUAGAUUUGAUAUAUGUCGAGGACAAUUGUCAGCAGUAUCUCUCAGUGGUGGCGCAUCAUCUCGUGGUGGACACUGUGUCUUGGGGAAUAAUCCUCGCCGACCUGGACGAUUCACUGCGCGGCCGACAGAUUCAGCUUCCGACGCUAUCUUUCAUGGACUGGUGCUCCAGGCAGGCCGACUAUGCAAAGCUACACCUUUCCCCUGACCAAGUCCUUCCAAAAGGUACAAAAAAGGAGGCAGAGAGCUGGACACACGAAGCAACGAUCCAUUACUGGGGUUUGAACGGAGUGCCCAAUACUUUGGCGGAUACGGUCGAUCACACGUUCACCCUCAAUGGUCAAGCCACCUCGACCUUGAUCGACGCCACUCAAACAAAAGCGCGUACCCAGCUACCGGUGAUCAUCCACGCAUGUCUGCUGCACGCAUUCGCAAACGUGUUCGGUGACCGCCAGGUUCCGACCGUGUUCGUGGAAGGCCAUGGGCGCGAGCCCUGGGAUCGCGAGAUCGACCUGACCCGCACGGUUGGCUGGUUCACCACCCUCUGGCCGGCCGCGUUGUCCGUUCAACCCGAUCAGUCACUUGUGGAUGUUUUCCAGAAAGUCAAAGACCUCCGUCAGCAGGCCUCCAGUAAUGGAUGGGCGUAUUUUUCCUCCAUCUUCUUGCAUCCGCAGGGUCGUCGGCAAUUUGAGAAGAUCGGCUCUUUCGAACUCACCUUCAAUCACAACGGUGUGAUGUCAUCAAACGGUCAGCCUGGCACAAUUUUGGCUCACGACAAUACCGGCAUGGCAACCCGACGACAAGGCGGACCCCAAAUGGAACGUUUCGCGCUACUAGAGGUUAACAGCGUCGUGCUUGAUGGUUCGCUGCUCGUUAGGUUCAGCAUAAAUCGAAACAUGAACCGGCAGGACCAGUUAGAACGUUGGAUGCAGGAGUCACAGCGUCUUCUGACGGAUGCCGCGACCCAGGUGCAGAUGAUGGAGGCGGAGUAUCCCCUGUCCGAGCACCCUCUCGUCACUCGGGUUACGAAGCAACGCUGCGAAUUGGCCGGCGAGAUUCCGCCAGGACGUGGUUGCGUGGAGGACGUGUACCCUUGUACACCCGUCCAGCGUGCCAUCCUGCUCAGCCAGUUGCGAAACCCGCGUAGAUACAAUACGCAGUGGGCCAUAGAGGUCGCCCCGGUGCGCGGGAGUCGUGAAUCAGUCGAUCUUGUGCGAUUGCAGACGGCCUGGUUGCGAGUCGUCAGCCGUCAUCCAGCCUUGCGGACCGUCUUAGUCUCGUUCCCGGGGGCUGAAUUCGUGGAACAAGUGGUCCUCAAGGAUUUUGAGCCCUCCGUGUCGAUCAUUCAGAACACCCCCGCUGACGUCUCCUCCCUGGUGCAGGACAACAUGGUCCAGAAGCCUCCGUGUCCGUGGACCCCGAGCCCUCGGGCAAUAAUUACAAGGACUGUAGACGGCCAGGUCAUGAUCACGGUGUCGAUCAGCCACGUCUUCCUAGACGAGACAUCCAUUCAAAUACUGAUGCGCGACCUGCGGCUCGCAUAUGAUGAUACCUGGUCUCUGGACCGCAACUCCUCUUUCAGAGCGUUUGUUGAGCAUCUUCGGGCCAUUCCUGCGGACCCAGCGCGCAUUUACUGGGCCAAAUAUCUACAUGAGGUUCAGCCCUGCCAUCUGCUAUCGUCGAAUUGGGGACCAGAGACCGACCCAGCAGACGAUGGGAUGGAAACCAUCUCUCUCGAUUUGGCUGAUUCAACCCUACUACACUCAUUCUGUGCAGAGCACGGUCUCCUAGUCACAAACGUCAUUCACGUAGCUUGGGCCUUGGUUCUUCGCUGUUACACAGGCAUGGAUGACGUUUGCUUCAGCUUCGCGACGUCCGGUCGCGAUGUCGCCGUCGCCGGCGUCAACGACUGCAUUGGACUGUUCAUAAACCAUCUAGUAGCCCGGUUGAGCGUUUCGGCCGAAAGCACGCUGCUUCAAGUCCUGCAGUACAACCAACAAGCACUACUGUCUAGUUUGGAGCAUCGACAUGCUUCCCUUGCCAAUCUAUUGUAUUUAACCAACAUUGGCGGGCGACCGGUUUUCGACACCGGCAUCUCUGUGCGAAAGGACCUUCCCAGCCGCGUGCUACCGGACGCAUCCCUCUCACUUGAAGUGAUUGACAGUUGCACCCAGACGGAAUAUCCGGUGCUCAUGGAUGUUGCAAUUGGAGCGGAACGGACUCACCUCUCUCUCGUGUACUGGAUUUCUCUUUUGCCCGAAAGCAAAGCGACCACGAUCGCCUACACCUUCCGCAAAGCGCUGCAGGAAAUCCUUCGCGACCCCAUGCAAACGAUCCGAAGUUUCGACGCAGUCCCCCAAGAGAGCAAGGACCAGAUCAUGCGCUGGAAUAGUGCUCCUUUGAUCGAGGUGGAGGAUGUGAUCCACGCAGAAGUCGAGCGCCGAGUAGCCGACGCGCCAGGCGCCAUGGCGAUCUGUGCCUGGGACGAAUCGAUGACAUACGCGCAAUUAGAUGAGCAAUCGUCGCGUCUAGCGGCGUUCCUUAUCGACCAAGGAGCGACAGGUCGGGGUUUCAUCCCGAUUUACAUGGAAAAAAGCGCCUGGGUGCCCGUGGCAGCACUCGCUACCCUAAAGGCGGGCGCAGCAUUCUGCUUGCUGGACGUGUGUUUCCCUCCGGAGCGUCUACAGGCCAUGUGCCACCAGCUCCAGGCGUCAUUUGUAUUGACCACCGCUCGUCAUCGGGAGCAAGCUCUAUACCUCGGCACUCCAAUCGUUGUCGGGUCCUCCGGGUGGGCCGAAUCUGAACCGACUCGGCGCGCCGCCCAUCUACCGGCUGCUGCGUCACCCGGAGAUCCGGCGUACGUCGUGUUCACCUCGGGAUCGACGGGGACGCCCAAGGCGGCCGUCGUGGACCAUCGAGCUGCCUGCGCCAGCAUCCGGGGUCAGGUGUUGGCAGCCGCACGCACCGCCUCAUCCCGCGUGCUACAAUUUUCAUCCCAUGCAUUCGACGUGGCCUCCAACGAUCUUGUCGCGUCAAUGAUGACGGGCGCCUGUCUGUGCAUUCCGUCCGAAGACGAUCGCCUCAGCCACCUGGCUGAGACCGCGCGCCGAUUCCAGGCGACAUGGAUCACCACUACCCCGUCGGUGGCCCGCCUCCUCUCCCCUCAGGAGGUCCCCACGCUAGAAACGGUCGUCGUGGGUGGCGAGACUCCGACCGAGAGCGACGUCACCCGCUGGGGGUCCAGGCUGGUUGUCAUGUACGGCCCGGCCGAGUGUUGCAUGGCCGCCACGAUCCGCACGCCGGUGACGCUGGACGAGAGCACGAGUGGCAUCGGACGGGGCCUACCCAGUGCAAGAACGUGGGUGGUUGAUCCACGCAACCAUCAACGCCUGAUGCCGGUGGGCGUCGUCGGAGAGCUGCUCGUCGAAGGCACCUCCGUCGGCCGAGGCUAUCACGACGACCCCGAGCGAAGUCGUCAGAGCUUUAUCGAUCCGCCUGUCUGGCGUUCCCAGUUUGACCUGCCGGGCACGCAUCGUUUCUACCGCACGGGAGACCUUGCCUGUUAUCUCCCCGACGGCUCGUUGCAGUUCCUCGGUCGGCAGGAUUCCCAGGUCAAGCUCCGCGGCCAGCGAAUCGAACUUAGCGAGGUUGAACAUCAUGUCAAAAGCGCUUUUCCGCAGAGUGAAGUCCUAGUUGAGAUGGUGACGCCCUCCACGGGGGCCCAGGAGCCCUUCCUUGUCGCCUUCAUCGGGCCAGAUCACCGCACUCGAACACUGGGACCAUCCUCGUUCUCGACUGGCGGUCCAUUGUUCACCGAGCCUGCCGUGGCCCUUAUGGAGGCCAUUCCGUUGGCACUCUCUGUCAUCCGGGCCCGGCUGCCGGUCUUUAUGGUGCCAUCGGCUUUCCUGCCCUUGGCCACGGUCCCAAUGACUGCGGGCGGCAAGGUUGACCGGCGAACGAUUCGCAUGCAAGCCGCGCAACUGAGCAACGACGAGAUCGCUCGAUACGGCGUGGCCGCUCUGACUCGACGGCCUCCAUCCACGGCGGCGGAAAAGCGCCUGCAUUCGCUGGUGGCUGGCGUGCUUAACCUGUCCCCCGAGCUUCUCGGUGUCGAUGACGAUCUUUUCCAGCGCGGCCUCGACUCCAUCUUAGCGAUGAAGCUCGUCUCCGCAGCCAAACAAUCAGGAAUCGCCCUCGCGGUUCCGGACAUCUUCUCCCAUCCCAAAAUUUCUGCCUUGGUCGGAACGCACGAAACUGGCCCGCCGACGAUGGUCACCGAGAACGAAGCUCAGUCCAUCCAGCCGGGGGCGCUCCUGGAUACCGCGAAUUACACGGAAGUGGCCGACAAACUCACGGCCGAACAGCCUUUCGACAGUGCCGACAUCGAGGAUAUUCUGCCGACAACCACCUUCCAGCGACAGCAUCUUCAAGCCCUGUAUCGAGCCUACUUUGUCUUCUACCUUCCGGGCCGCCUUGACCCUUGCCGGUUGGAAACCGCACUUCACUCGGUCGUGCGCAAAUACAGCAUUCUACGCACAGUCUUCCUUCCCUUGGACGGCGCCGUUCUACAGGUGAUCCUGCGUGACGCCGAAAUGUCUGUUUCCGAACAUACUCUGGAUGAUCAGGAUUUUCCGGCGGCCGUGCGACGGGCGUGUGAAGGCGAUUGGCUCCCAGGCCCCUAUUUCACGGGUCGCUAUUUCCAAGCGAUCGUAUCUCGGGGGUCGUCGGGUCGCUCGGCUCUUAUUCUGCGCCUCAGCCACGCCCAGUUUGACCGAUUCUCCGUCCCAUCGCUGCUGCGGGAUCUCUCGUCUGCCUACAGCGGCGGUGUCCUUAGUGUACGGCCAACCUUCCGCGACGUCUGCGCACAUCGGCGCCGUCGACACACGUCGUCGGCCUUCUCGUUUUGGGAGGAGUUGUUGCGCGGGUCGUCUGUAACUGUACUCGGCACGCCUGGAAUCGAUGCUCCGGGGACGGCAACGCGCAUCGACCGAGAGCGCCGAAUGGCUUUGUCCCCGCGACCGGCCCGGUUCACGCUGGCCACCAUCCACAAGGCGGCAUGGUCCAUCACGCUGGCGCGAACAACGGGAUCGCGCGAUCUCGUCUUCGGACAGGUCGUCACCGGCCGCAACACGAGCCAGGCGGGUAUCGAGGAGGCGCUGGGCCCCUGCGCCAACGCGGUGCCGGUGCGCGUCGUGCUACCGUCGAGGAGUAGCGUCGAGGAGCUGCUAGAGCGAGUCCAAUCUCAGCAUCUGCAGACAAUGGAGUACGACACGAUUGAUUUCGAGGACAUUGUGCAACACGCCACCUCCUGGACUCGGGACACCUACUUCGGCAGCGUCAUCCAGUACCAAAAUCUUCCCUUGCAAGCCAAGGUCUCCUUUGGAGAGUACCAGGCGGCGUACGACGUGUUUCAAUUCAACAUUCCUUAUCCCUGCCCCCACUUGACGUCCACUUUGAUUGACGAUGAUACGCUCAAUGUGUCGCUAUCUGCAUCGGCCGCCCAUCUCGACGUGGAUCAUGCCGAUCACCUUUUGUCGGUCUUUGAGGAAGUCUUCGGACGUAUGCUAACGGAUCUUGGUCAGGAGGUGGAUCGUUUACUAUAAGGUGGUGUGAGAACAAUAGGAUGUUAGCAUAUAUGUUUUCAUUGGGAUUUAGGGAGUCGGACGAUGGACAAACAUAGACGAGCACACGCCGAUAGUAGAAAGGAAGACGGCGGGG